AUGCCCAUCCGAAAGGUGAUCAUAGUAGGUGCUGGACCUUCGGGUCUGAUCCUCGGGAUUCUGCUCGCCAAACAGGGCAUCGAAGUUGAACUUCUCGAUGCUGGUGCGGAUCUUGACGAUCAACCUCGUGCAGCUCAUUAUGCAACCCCUGCUACCUACGAACUAGCACGAGCUGGAGUUCUAGACGAUGUGAAAGCUGUGGGUAUUCGAUGCAAGAGUUUUGCAUGGAGGAAAAUGGAUACCACUUUCAUUGCCGGCAUGAAACAUGAUGUGCUCCCUGCAGAUUACCCGUACAGCAUGGUCGUGCUUCCACUUGACCGACUGGGAAAGAUUUUGUACGAGCAUAUACAGAGACAGCCUACAGCAACGGUUAAGUGGUCACACCGAGUUGUGCGUAUUGGUCAGGACCAAGGGAAGGCUUGGGUCGACGUUGAGACCCCCACGGGCACCGCACGGUCUGAAGCAGACUAUGUUAUUGGCUGUGAUGGUGCUAGUAGCACUGUGCGGCGUGAGCUUUUCGGGCCUGAAUAUCCCGGGGAGACUCUGAACGCACAGAUUAUUGCGACGAAUGUAUACUACGACUUCACCAAAUACGGCUACUGGGAUAGCAACUUCAUUGUCCACCCCAAGAACUGGUACAUGGCAGCGCGCAUCACCACGGACGGACUAUAUCGAGUAUCCUACGGCGAUGUUCCUGGCCUCACGAGGGAAGAAUAUGUCGCACGUCAGCCACAACGCUAUGAGGAGAUUCUACCUGGAAAUCCCAAGCCUGGAGACUAUACCAUCACCAACAUAAGCCCGUAUAAACUCCAACAGCGGUGUGCCCCCAGCUUCCGUGUCGGGAGAAUCAUCUUGGCGGCGGAUGCAGCUCACCUGUGCAACCCAUUUGGAGGGCUUGGUCUGACGGGCGGUAUCGCCGACGUGGGCUGUCUCUUCGAUUCAUUGAUCGGUAUCCACAAAGGCUUAGCAGAUGAAAGUAUUUUGGACAUUUAUAGCGACGUUCGCAAGCGCAUUUGGACCGAGACUAUCGACCCCAUGUCCCGUGAGAACUUCCGACGACUGCACGAUCAAGACCCGGACAACGCCCGUGAGAAUGACGAGUUCUUCAAUAUCCUCGUCAAGGCGGAAUCGGAUCCAAGGCUGGCAAAGGAGCUGGCGCUGGGACUGGAGGUCCUGCGGCACGAUAUGACACAGUACUAUAAGAAACCCUCGAAAGAGGCCAGAAUGUAG